UCAGUAGUGAUCCAUCCACCAAUCCGUUUGGAAGGAUAAAAGGAUUAUAAUUAAGUAUUUAGUAAAAUUUUAUUAAAUUAUAAUAUCACUCGGUGAAUAAUGACGUGCGAUUGUGAUUACAUAGUGAAAGAUUUCAGUGGGAAGUUUGAAGAACAUUACGAUAAUUGUAGUACUAAAGGAUGUGUUAAAACUGCUGCAGACGGCACCCUGCUGCUGCGGAACCCCCACCUGUCCUUACUGCAGACAGACGUGCUGUACCACCUCGGGUUCGACUCCAGCCAGGACCUGCCCGGGAUGUUCGGGGAUGUCAAGUUCGUCUGCAUGGGAGGCACCAAGCAGCGCAUGCGGGACUUCGCCGAGCACAUGCGCCAGGUCCUGCAGACGGGGCCCGAUCAGCUGGUCAACCUCACCAAGAAGUCUCACAGAUACGCUAUGUACAAAGUUGGCCCUGUGCUGGCCGUUAGUCACGGUAUCGGCAUCCCCUCCAUGUCAAUCCUGCUCCAAGAAGUCCUCAAGCUGCUCCACUACGCGCGCGCCCCUCGCCCCCUGGUGGUGCGUAUCGGAACUAGCGGCGGGCUGGGUCUGCCGCCCGGAGCUGUGGUCGUGAGCUCCUGGGCCGCUAACGCUAGCGGGGAGAGGGUUUAUGAGCUGCCGAUCCUGGGCGUGGUGCGCAAGUUCCCCUCGCAGUUCGACACGCGAGUGAGUCAGGAGCUGGUGUCUAUGGCGCGGGAGGAGGACCCCUUCCCGACAACCUUGGGGGGCACCAUGGCCGCUGAUGACUUCUAUAGAGGCCAAGCCCGCCUAGACGGGCCGUUCUGCGACCACUCGGAACAGGACAAGAUGGCGUACCUCCAGCUGCUGAGACACCAGGGCGUCAGGAACAUAGAGAUGGAGGCCACGGCCUUCGCCGCCCUGACUCGGGAGGCGGGAGUCAGGGCGGCUGACGUGUGCGUGACGUUCCUGGACAGACUGCUGGGAGAUCAGGUGACCGCGAGCAAGGAGACGCUGACUGCUUGGCAGAAGAGGCCCAUGAUCAUAGUCGGCCGAUACAUCAGCCAAUAUUGUAAACAGAAUCAAUAAUAAAUACCUACAUUAGUAAAUAGUAGUAGCAAAAUAAUAGUGAAACAGGUCACAACAGGUGGGAGCUUAUUAUAUACCUACUAUACCGUGCAGUGGGUUGAAAUGAACAAAGCCGAUAUUUUUAGUAGGUAAGUAGUUCAAUUUAGGGGAUAUAAUUAUGAAUUAAUAAAAUUACUUACUGCCUAUAAUAUGUAGUUGCAUGUAAUAGUUAGCUCUUAGGGAUAUAUUUUUAUAAUACUUAUGCGAAAGUUAAGUUAAUAGUGCUGAAUAAA